ACACCAGGCUUCCGGCAGGGAUCGGGCAGUGAUGGCGCACCGCCUGGCAGAGCUGGAGGCUCAUCUGGACGCUCACCGAGCCGGGGACCGGGAGGAAAGCGUCCUGAGGCGCUGCAGAGGGAGACCCAGACUCACGGACUCCGACCGGGCCCAGAGGCGGCUUCAGUCCCGCAAGAAGUACGACGUGAGGCGGGUUUAUCUCGGAGAGGCGCACAAGCUGUGGAGCGAGCUCCGCCGGAGGACCAGUCUGAGUGAUGCCGGGCUGGCGGAGUACCUGAUCCUGCUCAACUCCACCUACGGAGAGAAGUACCAGCAGAAAUACUGCGGGAAGAAGAUUACUCCAGAAGUGUCAGUAAAACAGAAAAGAGGUAGGAAGCAGCGAGUGUCGAGCCUCCAGAGUCUGGUGUGUUGGUACCAGGAACACUCCCACUCCUGCCCCCACGAGCCCCAGCUCAGAGCUCUGGAGCCCCAGUCCAACUUCUCCACAGCCGCUAUCUGGCAAUGUGACUCCAAUCACUCUUUUGUGCAAUACCUUUUCUCCCCACUGAGGGAGGCUAGCGACUCUGAGCAUGAUGAAGGAGAAGGAGAGAAUACAGCAGCAAAAACAGAGGUGCUGGUGGCUAAAGGCGCAGCCAGUCGGAGGAGAAGGAAGGAGGCUCACAAACAGUUCAAAGAUGUGGAAGAAAAUGUGGAUGUAUCUGAGGUCCAACAUACAACUGUGAGCUCCAUAGAAGAGGCUGCAGCUCUGAACCACCAGCCCAGCUUAGAGGCUUCCUCCAGGGAUGCUCCACUGACAGGACAGCCUGUCUGGGAGAUGGAGAUGGAGAUAGUGCGACAGCAAGGCUCCCUCUCGGCUGAGUUUCGCUCCAUCCCUGCAGAGGAGGAGGAGGAGGAGGAAGAGGAGGAGGCUGAGGAUCUGAGGCAAGGCAAGGAUGGAGGGGAGGAAGAAGGAGAGAGGCUCGGAGAGGAAGAAAUCAGGACUGUUCGGCACGACUACGAGUGCGUUACGGUGACGGCGUCUUUAGCUGAUGAGCUGGAGAAGGCAGACGAGGACUCGGUGCUGUCUCAGAGCCUCAGCGGUUCGGUCCCGCUGGGCGCUCAGCCGGAGCUGUCGGUCCCUCCGCCCAUGCAGGUACAAGAGCAGAGCGAACUGUUUGACCCUCAGGCUCUGCAGACGGUGGUGACCGGCUGUGAGAUUCCUGACCAGAGGACGGCUCUGGAGGGCUCACAGUUAAUCAUCAUCACUGGCCCCAGCUAUGAGGCGUUAGCAUCAGAGGGGAUCCAGCUCAACAUGGGCAGCGGAAACGUGGAGGAAGUCACCUGCACUGUCAUCGGGGGCGUCACCUACAACCAGGUGUGCACGUCUGACUCAAAAAUCAGAGCAGCAGAGGACGAGGACUCCAUGACAGGUUUGAGUGACAAACAGCUGCUGCAGCCCACUGUGGAUCCUCUGGAGCUGAGCUCUGACAGAGAGCUGCAGAGGAGUCUGAGCAGUGUUCGGUCAAAGAGAAGCAGGCGAGGUCCGGUCAUUGAGGCUGAUGGGAUGCUGAAAAUGUUCCACUGUCCAUAUGAGGGCUGCAGUCAAGUCUAUGUAGCAAUUAGCAGUUUUCAGAAUCAUGUGAACUUAGUUCACAGGAAAGGAAGGACAAAGGUCUGCCCUCAUCCUGGCUGUGGAAAGAAAUUCUACCUGUCAAACCACCUGCAUCGACACAUGAUCAUCCAUUCAGGGGUCAGAGAUUUCAUCUGUGAGACGUGUGGAAAAUCAUUUAAGCGCAAGAAUCAUCUGGAAGUUCACAGACGGACACACACAGGAGAAACACCACUCCAGUGUGAAAUCUGUGGUUACCAGUGUCGCCAGCGUGCAUCUCUGAACUGGCACAUGAAGAAACACACUCCAGAGGCCCACUACAACUUCACCUGCGAGUUCUGCGACAAGAGGUUCGAGAAGCUGGACAGUGUCAAAUUCCACAAGCUAAAGAGCCACCCUGACAAGCAGGCGACCUGAGGUGUUCUGAUGCUGCUAAUCAGAGCUGAAGCAGCACAGGCUGGCCCUUAGAAACUAAAGAAGACUUCCAGUGAAGAGAAAAGACUUUCCUUUGCUGGGUUUGUCAUGAAGUUCAUGUCCAGGAUGAUGUGAGCGUUGCCUGUGUUCAUCCAGGCUGUGGAUGGAGUGGACCAGUAUAACAGCUGUGCAGGACACAAGCUGUGUGGCUGAACACAGGUUUUGAACAUUCUGUGUUUGGUACAGUGGAAAUGGAAAACAAAAUCGAUUUUUGAUUAUUUGGUGAAGGCUGUUAAGCAGUCUUAGCAAGCUCAGCUAAAGUUGACUUUUUUGUAUUGCCUCCGAAACCAAAACUACAAGAGCGAAAAUGUUCAACCGUCAGCUGCAUAUGUCAGCAUGGUGGGCUAACUAGCAGACUACCUACAGUAGUUAUAUUUGCUUCCAUGGUUCGUGGCAUUUCAUACCACAGAUUAGGUUAAAGUCCAUGUUCACGACCAGACAUCCACUGUAUUGUAUUUCCUCAUUGUGUAGGAGACAGAGCAGACCAGGAGAGCUUCCAUUCUAGCAGCUAAUCAUGUUUUCUCAGAUAUAUUCCAUCCUGUUCUAAACUUUAAAACCUUUCUCUUUCAAAGGUUAGAACUUAAAUUGACAAACAAAAAGCCCAGUCUUGUUUUUCCCAUUGUAAAAGCUAAGCAGCUAAUAUUGGGCAGUUACAGCAAAACAGUCGGUCUAUAACUUUUUUCUUAUUAUACUUAAAAUACUAGUACUAACUGGCUGUACAAGAACAGUACUGCCUAUUAGGUCCUAUGCUUUCUCCAUAGAUUAUAAACAGAAGAUGAUGGAUAUUUUCUUGAGGGGUUCCUUCAACUUUAUACUCAGUCUCGUCAUGUAUGUAGCCAUCAAGUUUCUGUGACCCUUUUACAGGAUUCUCAUUUUAAAAUGAACAUUGAAAAUUGACUGAAGGCACUUUUCAGCCAACGCAUGGCUCAGCUUUUUUAUACCCGACUGCGACAACAACUCUUGAGUGGUAAAUCUGUCACCAUCAUUUUGUAGUGAUACAACCAAGGGAGGGAGCACUUAGCAAACAGUCAGUUAAAAGUAGAAAUUAUUUAAGAUUUUUGUAGGCUUUGGAAGUUGUUCUGCAAUGAUGCAAAGUCCCGAUGAAGUUGUUUUUACCCCUGAUCCGAUCAGGGUUAUUUAAUACCUUUUUCCUAGAUGGAUAUGCACUUCAAAGUACAUUAAAGUUGCAUUAAAAUGAGUCACGUAUCUAUGCUGGACUCUUGCACUCCUCCAUCUGCUCUAAAAGCUCCAGAAUAUGGCAGAAACCUGUUUUCUCCACAUGAUAUCAGAACAUGGUAUUGUACAUUAGCUGUAGUGCCUGGUUAUGCCACCAGGUGGAGCCUCUUUCUGCGUAACACUGGAGGCGUUCCUUAGUCUCAAGGCAGUUACAUUUUAGUAAGCAGAGUGCAUCGUGGGAGUUUAGCAAGUAAAUGGCCACCAUGACAGAGACAUCAAUGGCACUUAAUAUCUUCUGUCUGGAGUUGGUCUGUUUUAAAUCCUGACAUGUUCUCUCAUUCUCACACCUGCAGAUCUAAAGGAUUGGAUUAACAAUAGAGUAGAUGCCAUUAAGUUAAAAAAUUAUGACGGGCUUCAAUCCUAAUGUUUGACAUCUGGACAUCUCUAAGCCAAUCACAGUUGUUUUGUGUGGUGCAAAGCCCAGGAUGCAGUGAUGGUGCCCCUCAACGUAGUGGUGGAGGAUUGUUUUGGAGGUACACGAGCACUGUGAGUAAAAUCCCUGGUUUACAGGAAAAUAACAAAUAAUAGGCGCACCUUGUUGCUUGAUUUAAAUUAUAGGCAAAAAUUUCCAUUUUAAAUGGUUGGCUUGCUUCUUGGAGAUUGUUGUUUCCCAUAGUGAGGAGGAUUUUGAAAAUGGUAACAUGCAAAUAGUGGAAGGGGAGGAAAAAGCUCCAUGAAAUACACUUAAGAAAUGACCCAAAGUCUACAAUCCAUGAAUCAGACAUGUGGAAAUGAUUUAUGACUCCUCUGGUUGCAAAAAGAAGUCCUUGCAUCUUCACUCACUCAGUUUUCUCACUUGAUUUGUUACCUCAGUAAACAUUUCCCUGAUGAGUUCAUGAUCCCUCAAUACAGCAUGAUGUUUACUUUGUAGAUUAUGGUCCCAUUUAGAAUAGAACAGACAGUAAGGCAGGAUUAUUUUUUAGGGUGUGGCUGCUGUCAUAUAUGGUUUCAAAAGAUAGAGGUGGUCAAAUUUCAGAAUGAAAGCUUUCAAAACAGUGGGUGACGUCAUGUGGUUUACAGGAUACAGUAUGUGUAAAGGCCACUACGUUUGUAUUAAAUAGGUUAAAAAAUCCAAAACAUUGGCAAGAUCCUUUUGAAGAUUUCAGAUAAAAACUGUGGAUCUGUAAAAUGGAAACAAACCAAAUGCUGGGACUGGUCCAGAUAAUACUAUUCCAGUGAGUUCUGCUUAAGCUCAUGCACAGAACAUGGAUUAAAGGUGAGGGAUGGGAGAGACAGUAAAUCUGGAAAACAUGCUGACUAGCUAAGAACCACAGACCACCUUUAAACAGGCUUGUUCGGUCCUUUAAUAUGCCAACAAUAAUGAUUACUGAUGACAUUACUCAGUUUGGUGGGUAAAUUAACAAAGCACUACAAAUAUGUGUUAAAUAUAUUCAAAUUAGGGCUUUGAAAUUGACGUCAUUGAGGUUUGACUGUUAUGUGUGGCGUCACGCUGCUUGUAUUGAUACGUAUCAUUCUUCCAUUUCAGUCGUUGAAAGUGAGCAUCUAUAGUUUGUCCAUGAGGUCAGUAUUCAUCUUAUGUUUUUCUGUUAUCUCUUUUCACCAUCCCAGUGUCCCGAAUCACAAGAAAGCUUGUGAGAUUAAUGUGACAGUUUCUCAGGAAAAUUCACCUCGGUCCUCUUGUGUCUUUCUCCUGUUCCGUCUGUUUCCAAGCAAAUGCACUUUUCUCCCUGUUUUGUCAGGUUUGUUAACCUGUUGAAUCACUAAAAUAUGUGAAUAUUC